AUGGCCGUCGUCCGCGACCCCGCCUUCUGGCGCCGCUUCAGCAUGGCUGUGCAUCUCGACGAGGAAGCGCAGAACCCGCAGGGAGCGGGGCCGGAGCUGAAGCACUCCGACUCCUGGCUCGCGCGCCAGAACCUAAAGUCCUCGCGCCGCACCUUCAUCUGCUGGAUCUUCUGGCUCGUCUUCGCGGCGCUGGUCGCGGGCAUCGUCAUCGUCGUGCUGUUCCUGAAGGCCAAGGCCAUCAUACACUAA